UCAUAAAAGACAGAGCAGUGCGCAGUGUCUGCUAUACACAAACAUACCUCAACAGGACUGCAAUAGAGAGCAUCAGCCACACACACACACAGAGGAGGAUGAGAAAACCACUCAGGGGGGACGCAAGAAAAUUAGACUUGCAUUAGACACACACCGAGUACAUGCUUACCAACCAACAAAAACAAAAGUGAACAAUUUAGUAGAAGUAGGAAGUACUGUUUGUGUAAUCUACGUUUUGCGCUCACUUUUUUGUUGCUUUUUAUGCAUGCGAUUUGUACUCUCGAUUACUAAAUCGUUUUAGUAACUCUAAUUAGGCUUGUAAAUAACCAAUUAUAGUACACAUCUAUUUGCUGCAAUUUGACACAUACAUAAUGUUGUACUAAAGCCUUCCUAGGUAAUUAGUGUUUAUUGAGUGCUUAUAGAAAUCGCUUGCAGAAUGGUGGUAUGUGUAUUUUAAUGGGUAUACAUUACACUAGCUGCAUAGUAAGGGUCAUAGUAACUGGACAUUCACAGGUUAAUGUAGAUGGAUCAUUGAUGUAACAUCUGCAUCGCAUUAGUGUGCAAAGGAUAAGGGUCGUUUAAUGCAUUAGGACAGGAUGGUGGUCGUUGGAGUUAUCGUCCUUCUUGUGGCAGUAACAGUGGACAGCCGUUGCCCAAGUAACCUGGACUGCGUCUUGCUGAAGAGAGAAUUUUGUGCACCAGGCAGUAAUGUUUGCGGCCCCUGCAGACACCCGUUUGAGGAAACAAAGACUGGCCAUUGUGUACCCAAAGCCGGAAGCAGAACAAAGUUUACAGGACCUGAUUCAGUGAUCGACAUUAUUCAGGAAUACAGGCUGACCAAAGGCCACAGAAUAAUAUCUACAGGCAUUGCUUCUGUCGAUACCACAAACAUUGUUGCCUCAGCACAGGCUACAUCUCAGGGGAUUAAAUCCCCAAAUCUCUAUAAUGUCACACCAACAAGAAGCCCUUCCCCAGCUGCCGCAACCUUUUCCCCCCAGCUGAAAGUGAAGAACAUAGGCAGGAGGAGGAAGUCUGAAAUGAACCAGUCCAUGUCAUUGGCUCUGACUGUGGUCUGUAGUCUCACCGCUGUGUCUGGACUCCUUGUGGCAGCUCUGUGUUGGUAUAGGUUACAGAAAGAGGUGAGGCUGGCUCAGGAGAUGGAAUACAAGGGCAACCAUCACCACCCCUGCAAGAGGUCUGCGGCUCACAUGUCUCAUUACGUCCAGCAGUACAGCAGUCAGAAGAAGCAAUUCAGGGCAAGGGAGAGUCCAGAAAAGAAGCCUUGUCAGCAACUUUCCACAGACUCUGAGGCGGAUAUUGAGGAAUUUGGGAUCUAUGAGUGUCCUGGACUGGCACCGACCGGAGAGAUGGAAGUCCACAACCCUCUGUUCGACCCAUCGAGGACCAAGCAGUGAAGAAAUACUCCACUGAAAAAUCUCUGUAUCUUAUCAUCUAUAUUUAUUUAUUAUAGCUGUAUAUCUAAAAGUACCCUGUGUGGUUGUUGUGCAUUAAACUUUUGAUCUAGCUGCG